AUGGAAGAAUGCUACUACAAGAAGAACCAAGUGCCAGCGUUUGGGAGUUGGGAUUGGAACGAUAACUUACCUUUCACACAGUGCUUUGAGACAGCGAGACAAGCUGGUUUGCUGCGAUGUAGCUACUCUGAGUCUGAGGAGCGUGAUCUUUACGUUACAGGGGAUUUGUAUGAGAACAAUGUUGUCACCCCAGCCAUGAUCGUUGUUCCUCGCAGAAGGACAAGGAUGCUUGACCAACAUGAAAAAGAAACAAAAUUGAAGAAUUGGAUGAGUGACGUGGAUAGUGAACCACCCAGCCCAACACCAUUGCCAAGACCAACUUCAAAGCCUGUUGAUGAGGACUUGUACAAGAUCUCACCGGGGCUUCUCUAUGCCAAAGCUAAAAAGCACUUUCUAACAUUGUUUCUUUCUCAUUUUAUUGGGUGCAGAAGAGAGGGUUGUGUUUCUUUUCUAGUUGCUUGUUGCCAUCUUGCAUUGCUUGAAACUCAGGGAAGGGUCGAUGCCAAUGUACAUAUAUGUGAAAUAGAGGAAUAG